AUGGCAGAAUCGAUCCCAAUCCCAAGUAUCAGGCUGGAUGGAUACGAUCCAGACCCAGCAAGACAAUUCGGGAUCGGCUUCGAUUUCUCAAUCGGGAUCCCAUCCCCAGCCCCAUCCCCAUCCCUAACCCUGACUUUUGAGCCAGACAGCACCACCCCCCUGCAUAAAGAAAUCACUUCAAUCCCAGAAGAAGAAGAAGAAACUAACUUCCUGCAGCACCUCCAACUCCCGGCACUGCACUUUCAAAACCCCCCUCCCCCCCCAGAAGACAACACCCAACCCCAACCCAACCCCAAAGACAAUACCUAUAUCGCUGAGAUCCCAAAAAGCAAAGCCUGGAUCCAAACCCUAACGCCCUACUUCCCCGCAAACAAGGGCUUCACAAUCUACCCCUCCAUCAAGAUCUGCCCCGUCACGCACACGAUGUACGAUACGGUCGUCGUCUAUAGCCCGAGCGACCACGCGAGCGAGAACCCCAGUACAAUUCCGAGCGCGAGCCCAAUCCUCACCACCGUGCUGGGGUACGAUCGGCCGCCCGAGCCCGACGCGUGGGUUCGGCGGCUUGCGGUGCUGCGGAGCGAGUGGCGCCGGGGUGCGGUGCCUGGGGUCACGGUUUACGGGGCUGUUUGGGUGGGGGAUGAGGUGAGGUUUUAUUCUUCCCGGGGGGAGGUUUUGGGGUAUUCGGGGGUGAGAUUGGGGGAUAAUCAUGGUGAUGAUGUUGGGGGGGAUUUGGGUGAUUAUGGGAAUAUGGGUGCUGAUUAUGGGAAGGAUGGGGGUAGUAGGGUUGAUGGUGGUGGAGAGUGGAACUGGGAUUGGAAGGACGGAACAGCGCCGAUGAGGGACCAGCGGGACUGGAGUUGUCGGUUCUUUGAGGCUAUGGUUGAGGAAUUGAGGUGUAGUAUUUAG